AUGCAAUCACCAGAGCCUCGCAAGAAACCACAGGCCCGUCCCUGGAGCGACUCCGAAAAGCUACGCCUUGUGGAGCUGCGAACGGUAGAGAAAGACGUACCGUGGGCGGCAUUCCAAAAGAAAUACUUCCCGGAUCGAAGCCUUGCUGCAAUUCAAGGGGCUUAUUCUAACUAUUGUCGAAGCGAAAAGGAAUCCAAAAAGAUGCCUGCUGAAGGUAAUCAAGGCCCGACUCCCAGCAAGGGUAGAAAGCGUUCCGUUGCUAGCUCAGGAACACCUGAGAGCUUUGCUGAACCCAAAAAGACGAAGACAAUCUGUGGCUUUGAUGAUGACUCAGAAGACGAACCCUCCAACCAGCUGUUUGUGGAAGAGAACACAUUCGUGAAGGCCCAGGCUGCUGAAAGAGGUGAUACUCAAAAGGCUCCAAAAACUGUCACUGUCGAUGUGGCGAAGAUCGAUAAACCCUCCUGCAACAUUACCGAGCUACCAGAAGGAAUGCAGUUCUUUGAGAAGAUCAUCAACGAGUACAAGUCAUUGCAGCAAACCCUGGUACACAUGGAGAGCAAGCUGAAGGAGAGCGAGGAUGAGCUGAAAAGUCUGAAAAUGAGCACCAUGACUGAUAAAUGCCAGUUUGAGGUGGCCAAAGCCGACUUGCAAGAAGAGAUGGAUCUCCUCAAGGCCGAACUCCUCCAGGUAAAGUCCGAGAAGGACGAGAUGAAGCCGGCUACGAGCAAUGAAGGUUGCCAGCGUUGUACCGAGCUCGAAGAACAGCUCGACCACCUCUUUACGACCUUUCGCCCUGCUCCGAAGUAG